GAGGAUCCCCGCAUAGAAGUUCCCCGUCUCCGUCUCCGUCCCCGCCGGUGUCCGCAUAGAGCUCCCGUUCGCCGCCGCGAUGCACCUAUACGAGCAGUGGAAGGAGCUCCCGAAGAUCCAGAAGCUUCGGCGCACGGUGUCGUAUGCGGGGUUCUACUGCUUCGUCGCCCUCAUCAGCUACGCGUACACCAGCAACACGACAAGGGCCGGGAUGUCGAGCGCCGAUCAGUACUAUGCGGCGUAUCCAGCUGGGACCGAGUUGUUGACCGAUUCCGCAAAGCUGUACAAGGCGGCGUUAGGCAACUGUUUCGAAGAGGAGGAAUGGGGCCCGAUCGAGUUCUGCGUCAUGGCGAAGCAUUUCGAGCGCCAGGGGAAGCCGCCGUAUGCGUACCAUGCUCAAUACAUGGCUCAUCUCCUUUCUCACGGGCAACUCGACGGCAGUGGCUAAGCUCCGGAAAAGUAUUGGUCGCAAAAUACGGCUAUGAGUUUUUUGGUGGCAAAAUUGUUGAAGUGGAAGCCGGGAACCUUCAUUGUAUGAUAAUACUACUGAGAACUGAAAAUGGGAAAUGGCUCUGAGCUUUGAUUUCCAUAGUUUUAUUUCAUUUCUAGUACUUUUGAAAGUAUUAUAAUUACAUGUUUGUCCUUAUCAAAACAGAGUAAAGUUUUAUGUUGUCUA